AUGGCCUUCAACAUGAAGUCAACUUCCGCAGGCAUGCUGGCCUUGUCUGCCAUGCACCUCAUCCCCAGCGUUCUCGCCGCAGAGUCCUCCUUCAACAAGCAAUCCGGGGCCGAGGUCUGCUCCAGCGACACUCCCCUCAGCUGCUCGAGCUCUACCAUUGAGCCAUCCUGCUGCUUCAACAGCCCUGGGGGCUCAUUCCUGCAAACCCAGUUCUGGGACUACGAUCCGUCCACCGGUCCGACGGACUCCUGGACUAUCCAUGGUCUUUGGCCAGACAACUGCGACGGCACGUACGAAGAAUUCUGUGACUCCUCGCGCGAAUACUCCAACAUCACCGCCAUCAUCGAGGAAUCCGGCAACACCGAGCUCCUCACGUACAUGAACAAGUACUGGAAGGACUACAGCGGUGACGAUGAGAGCUUCUGGGAGCAUGAGUGGAACAAGCACGGAACAUGCAUAAACACCAUCGAGCCAUCCUGCUACACCGACUACAAAUCCCAAGAGGAAGUCGUCGACUACCUCCAGAAAACGGUUGACCUGUUCAAAACGCUUGACACGUACCAGGCCCUCGCCGCAGCUGACAUUACGCCUUCCGAGAGCGCAACAUACACGCUCGACGAGAUCCACUCGGCUCUCUCGGACAUCCACGAUGGCUUUGCUCCGUAUGUUGCCUGUGAUGGCGACAACCUCAAUGAGGUUUGGUACUUCUACUAUGUCCGCGGUAACCUGAUUACCGGGGAGUUUGACCCUGCUGAGAAGCUCACUCAGUCAAACUGCCCUGAGACGGGCAUUAAGUACUUGCCUAAGUCAGGUUAA